AUGGACUUUGAUCAACUGUUUGGUAUUAUGCUUGAGUCAUUACCAAACAGCUAUACCAAAAACUCCAACAUAGUCUUCAAAGAAAUCAAACUGCUCUCAAUCUUGGCUUUUUUCGCAAUAUUAGGUGUCCUAGCCAGAAAAGGUUUAACUGUAUUAACUACCUAUAGUGGUGCGUUUGUUGGUGGUGUUAUUUGGGCAAAUUUCACAGCAUGUGUAGUGAUGGGUAUGUUGAUCCAAUCACAACGUGCUUGGAAGGAUUAUGCGCCAAAAGCAACUGUUGCAUUAUAUACUGGGUUGGCUACUGGAUUCUGUGGUACACUAUCUUCAUUUUCUUCAUUGAUAUUAGAAGCAUUUGUCAAGUCUGCUGAUAUUUCUAUUGGUAAAUAUUAUCAUUAUCCUAAUGGUGCUUAUGGGAUUAUGGAAUGUGCCUCUGUCUUUAUUACUCAAAUGUGUGUAUCCAUUGCUGGAUUACAUUUUGGGAAACAUUUAAUUAAAUUAUAUGAUCCUAAAAUUCCACAUAUGAAACUUAUUGAAAAUUUAGCGGCUUUAUGUGGUAUUCUGGCAUGGAUUGCAGUUAUAUGUUUGAUAGCUAUAAGGAAUUGGAGAUCAUGGACAUUUUCAUGUAUAGUUGCACCAAUUGGUUGUUGGACCAGAUUCUAUGUUUCCAAAUUACUGAACCCAAAGUUCAAAAGGUUCCCCCUUGGUACGUUUACCUGUAAUGUUUUUGCAACUUUGGUGCUUGCAAUGUUAAAUCUAUUGAGUAGAGGGAAACUACCCAAUGGUGGAAGAAUAAUAAAUUCCGUAUUAGCGUGUCAUAUGAUUCAAGGAUUGGAUGAUGGGUUCUGUGGUGCAUUAUCUACGGUUAGUACUUUUGUUGUUGAGCUCUAUACAAUAAAAUCUCCUAAUAGUUACAAAUAUGGGUUUGUUAGUCUUGCUGUUUCGUAUAUUGGUAUGUUAUUGAUUUUGGGAUCUUAUAAUUGGACACAAGGUCUUACUGAUCCUUUAUGUUCUUAA